AUGCAGCAGUGCGACAGGGCAGUGGCAACACGUGCCUCAUCCGCUGCGGCCGGCGACGCGCUGCCCACCGGCCCCGCGCGCCUGGAGAAGCUGGCGGACGUGCUGACCAUGAUGUUCCCGCUCUGGGCGCUGGUCAGCGGCGUGGUGGCGGGCCGCCGCCCAGCCUCUCUCAACUGGAUCACCGGCGCGCAGUUCGAGGCCGGGUGCGUGUCCAACCCGGUGCCCAUCCUGUGUGGGUUCGCGGCCCAGUACGCCAUCAUGCCCAGCCUGGCGCUGGCCAUCUCCCGCGCGCUGGGCCUGUCUCCCGGCCUCUCCGUCGGCCUGAUCCUGCUCGGCUGCUGCCCCGGCGGCCAGGCCUCCAACAUCGCCACCUACGUGGCCAACGGUGACGUCGCGCUGUCGGUCAUCAUGACCGCCGCCUCCACCCUGGCCGCCACGGUCAUGACCCCGCUGCUCACCAGCACGCUGGCCGGGCGCUUCGUCCCGGUCAGCACCGCCGCGCUGGCGGCCUCCACCGUCAAGCUGGUGCUCCUGCCCACGCUGGCCGGCGUGGUGCUGAACGAGACGCUGCCGGGCCUCGUCGGCCGCGUGCGCCCCGCCAUGCCCCUCCUGGCCAUCCUGCUCACCGUGGUCCUCUGCGCCACGCCCGUCGCGCAGGUCGCGCCCCUCCUGGCGCUGCACGGCGCCUCGGCCUGCCUGCCGGUCCUGCUGCUGCACACGCUGGGCUACUUCUUCGGCUACCUCCUCCCGCGCGUGCUGGGGUUCGGGGAGCGAACCUCGCGCACCGUCAGCAUCGAGACGGGGAUGCAGAGCGCGGCCAUGGGCUACGCGCUCUCCACCAAGCACUUUGCCGACGUGCUGGUGGCCAUGCCCUCCGCCGUCUCCAUCCUCUUCAUGGUCUGGAUCGGGGCGGCGCUGGCGGUGGUCUGGCGCCUCGUCCCCAUCAAGGACGACAGACAUGCGGCCUGA